AUAUAUAUAAACAAAUAAAUAUAAAAUAAGCGAAAUAAACAAAAUAAAGCAAAGCGUAAGGGGCUGUUUGCGCGGAAAGUUUUCCUCCAGUUUGGCUCCCCCGCUUGCGUCUCCCCCCACACACCCCGCCAACGAUGGACCCCUCGUACCGCAAGCUGCGGACCGUCGAGCUGCAGAAGCGGAAGGUCACUCAGUCGAAGAACGCGUCCAACUUGUCUGAGCGGAAGCUGGCCAAUGUGUACGCGCCGAAGGACUUCGACGAAGACUCCACCAUUGUCGUGUGCAACUUCCCGCAAAAGACGACGAUGAACGAGUGCAAAAACUUCAUGCAGUGGAUAGGGCCAGUCAUCAAGGUGGAGAAAAUCCCCUCCUUCAUGCAGGAAAACAACUACCUCGUCGUUUUUUGCAACCCGCACUUCGCCAAGGCCGCCCUCGAAACGCAACUUGUGUAUGAAAACAAAACGAAGCUGUUCGUCAGGCCAGUGGAGAAGAGGGAGACCCUCUGGAAAAACAUAAACGACAUGAUUUCCACGAACAUUGGGUUUUUUUCUUAACCGGGGAAAAACACAGGUGGGUAGGUAGGUGUGCAUGUGGGUAGUUAGCUACCUGGACGAUGGACACGUAGCCGCCGCCCACCCGUGUGCGCCCCUCUCCC